CCAGAGGAUUGCCUCAAUCUCUCUCCCUCCAUAUAUAUUCUCUCUCUUCUUUCUCUGUCUCUCUCACAUUCCAUUUCUUUUGAUUUUAAUUUAAUUAAGAGGAGUGGAAUAACCAAGAAAGAUAAAAAGGAAACAGGGGGAAGAGAGGAUCCUCUUUUUGGAGAGAGAGAGGGGUAAUGAAGGCCAUCUCUUUUGUUUCCAUUGCUAUCAUUCCUCUUCUCAGAUCUUAGUUUCUCUAAUUUUUGUCAUCUGGGUCAUCUCCAAAAUGGAACUUGGGUUCUUGUUCUGAUUGGUCCUUGAAGUGUCCGAUGAUCCUAGAUUGGAUUUGACAGCUACCCACUUUGUAUUUGAUCGGAUUCUGUCUGUAAGUAGAUAAGAUGGAAUCAGAUCUUGGCAAACUAUUCAUUGGUGGGAUUUCCUGGGAUACUGAUGAAGAGCGUCUUAAGGAAUACUUUAGGAAGUAUGGAGAAGUCGUGGAGGCAGUGAUCAUGAGGGAUCGUAUCACUGGUCGUGCACGUGGCUUUGGUUUUGUUGUCUUUGCUGACCCUGCUGUUGCAGAAAGGGUCAUCAUGGAUAAGCACAUGAUUGAUGGACGAACGGUGGAGGCAAAGAAGGCUGUCCCUAGAGAUGAUCAACACAUUAUAAACAGAAAUGCCAGUGUCCAUGGUUCUCCUGUUCCUGGACGCACAAAAAAGAUUUUUGUCGGAGGUCUACCAUCUUCAGUCAAUGAGGGUGAGUUUAAGAAGUACUUUGAUCAAUUCGGUACUAUUACUGAUGUUGUGGUGAUGUAUGACCACAACACUCAGAGGCCAAGAGGGUUUGGUUUCAUCACUUAUGAUUCAGAAGAAGCAGUAGACAGAGUCCUGCAUAAAACAUUUCAUGAACUGAAUGGUAAAAUGGUUGAGGUUAAGAGGGCGGUCCCUAAAGAGCUAUCCCCUGGCCCCAGCCGAAGCCCUAUGGGAUAUGGUUAUGGAAUGAAUAGGGCUGCCAACUUCCUCAAUAAUUAUGCUCAGGGAUUUAAUCUAACGUCACUUGGUGGUUUUGGAGUCAGGACAGAUGGCAGAUUUAACCCACUUGCUAGUGCUCGAGGUGGGUUUCCUUCAUUUGGUACCACUGGGUAUGGAAUAGGUAUGAAUAUUGAGGGAGGGAUGAGCCCAAGCUAUGGUGGAAGUUCCAAUCUUGGCAGUAGUCUAGGAUAUGGACGGAUGUUGAGUCCAUAUUAUAGUGGUAACUCAAACAGGUAUAACACUCCUAUUGGGUAUGGUUUAGGAAGCGGAAGAGGUGAUUCUGUUUUGAACUCUAAUACUCGAAAUGUUUGGGGAAAUGGGGGCCUUAACAGUGCUGCAAAUGCUUCCAAUGAUGGUGGUUAUUUGGGUUCUGGAACUGGGAGUUUUGGUAUUUCAUUAGGAAACAGUGGAGCAAAUUGGAGCCCUUCUCCUGUUUCAGCUCAAGGUGGAGGGAGUGCUUUCGGCUAUGGUGGUGGGAGUGUCAAUUAUGGCAGUGGUGAUGACAACUAUGGUUUGGGAGGGGGAGGAUAUGGAAGGAGCAGUAGCACAAUGUCAGCACCGGCUUCAUCAUUUUCUGCGCCAGCUGGCAGCUUUGAAGGGUCCUAUGGUGACUUGUAUCGCAGUGGUUCAGUUUAUGGUGAUUCAACUUGGCGGUCUGCUACUUCUGAGUUAGAUGGUUCUGGUUCAUUUGAUUAUGGACUUGGCAAUUUAUCCUCAGAUGUUACAGCAAAUAGUUCUGAGGGUUAUGCUGGGAGUUACAGUGUUGCAAAUAGACAACCAAAUAGAGGAAUUGCUGCCUAGGAAAUACACUAUUUUGAUGUUGAAAGGUAUAACAUAGGUGAACGGAAUCUGAUGGAACAGAUUAAGGAUUGCAAUUGUGGUAAAGGUCCUCCUUGUUUCAUGUCAGCUUAUAAUGAAAUUGAUGUUAUAGUGCUAACGGGGUUCUUGAUUUCAAACAUACACAUUCAGAGAGAGCAGUUAAAAGAGUUCUAUAAGGUUUGCAUUUUUUUUCUUUUCUUUCUUUUUCCUUUUUAAAUAGCAAAGAAUUUAGGCUCUUUUCUUCGCAUUUGAGUGAGGUGUAAAAUCAGAUUGCGGGAUAUAUAAUCAGGAAGAUUAUACCGUGCAUCUCCAGUGAGCUGUGCUAGCGGUAGCACAUCAAACAAUAGACUUAAUUUUUCCUUUUUUUACAAAUUCUGUAAUGCCUGGCAAGGUUGCUGGCUUGUGUUUCGUAAAUUUUCUUUGCAUUUCAUCUGAGAUUGUUUUUCUCUCAGAUUGUAAGUGAGUUUUCUCUCAAAUUUGUUAGUGUGAAAACAUUAGAGGGAUGCCCUUCUAACAUCCCUAUCAAAUAAGUUACAGAAUACUCUGAUUCAUUAAAAGCCUGAAUAUCAU